GUCUAGCUUCCUAACCUAUUUCGGUUUCUAACCCUGUGCUCUGUUUCCAUCAUUUUUCUCCCCCCUGUAAUAGAAAGCAGAGUAUUUGGAGUCUGCCUGCUGUAUAAUGACCUGUGCACUGUAUACAGUAUGUAUCACCACUCUCUCUUUUCCUUUCCUCCUCACAGUGGAUGGAUGCAUUGACUGGUCGGUGGAUCUGAAAGAGUACCAUGUUCUGGCCGGUGAGCCGGUACGGGUGAAAUGUGCCUUGUUCUACAGCUACAUCCGAACCAACUACACCAUGGCCACCAACGCCAAGCUGCGCCUCAUCUGGUACAAGAACAAAGGAGAUGCAGAGGAGCCAAUCAUCUUCUCAGGCCACAGGCUGAGUAAAGAAGACGACUCCAUCUGGUUCAGAUCUGCUGAAAUGGAAGACAAUGGAUUCUACACUUGUGUACUAAGGAACUCAACAUACUGCAUGAAAGUGUCCAUGUCGAUGACGGUGGAGGAGAGUGACGAGGGGAAAUGCUUCAGCAGCAAAAUCCGCUAUCUGGAGAAAGCUGAGAUUACCCACAGCAAGAUGAUCACCUGUAGGGAUAUAGAAGACUACUUGGCUCCAUACAAACAACCACAGAUGACCUGGUACAAGGAGUGUGAACGGGUUGAAUGGAGAAGCUCUAUCAUUGUGAACACAACACACAUCUGGAUUCCUGAGGUGGAGGAGGGCGACGGGGGAAAUUACACCUGUGAGUUACAGUAUGGAUCCAGACUGGUGCGGCGGACCACACAACUCAAAGUCACAGCUCUCCAGACCACUCAGCCUCCCAAGGUCCUUUUUCCCCCGGAGAGGCAAGACACAGUGAUAGAAAUCAUGCCUGGUAUGCCACUCAGUCUGGACUGCAAGGCGUUUUUUGGCUACAGCGGAGAAAACAGAAGACCAAUCAUCUACUGGAUGAAAGGAGAGAAGUUUGUUGAAGAACUUGCAGGACACAUUAAAGAAAGUGAAGUCAGGAUUUUAAGGGAGCAUUUGGGGGAGAAGGAGGUACAGCUAUCCUUAACCUUUGAUGCUGUGGAGGAGACCGACCUGGCUAACUACACCUGUUAUGUGGAGAACCACAUCGGGAAGCGCAGCGGGAGUGCUAUACUGCAGAAGAAAGAUAUGUAUCGCUUGGAGUUGGCUGGUGGUCUGGGGGUCAUAUUGCUGCUGCUGGGAGUCCUAACAGCACUUUAUAAAUGCUACAACCUGGAGAUCAUGCUCUGCUACAGGAGGCACUUUGGGAGUGAUGAAACUGAAGAUGAUAAUAAGGAGUAUGAUGCCUAUCUCUCUUACACUAAAGUGGACCUGGACUGUUUGGGCAGGACGAGCAGCGAUGAGGAAACUUUUGCUCUGGAGAUCUUGCCAGACGUUUUGGAGAAACAUUAUGGAUACAAGCUGUUUCUACCAGACAGAGAUCUAAUACCCAGCAGUACCUACAUCGAGGACUUGGCCCGUAGCGUGGAGCAGAGCAGACGUUUGAUCAUUGUUUUGACUCCAGAGUUUGUCGCCAAAAGAGGGUGGAGCAUCUUCCAGAUAGAGACUCGCCUCCACUCCAUGUUGGUUACCGGGGAGAUCAAGGUGAUCAUGAUAGAGUGUGCAGACCUGAAGAGUGUCAUCAACUACCAAGAGGUGGAGGCACUUAAACAUACGAUCAAGGUUUUAUCCAUCAUCAAGUGGAGGGGUCCUAAGAGCAAUGAGCUAUCCUCUAAGUUUUGGAAACAGGUGGUCUAUGAGAUGCCUGCUAAACGCAGAGAGACGUUGUCCAGACGCCAGGUGAUGGACUCUGGCGAACAGGGCCUCUUUGGUGACCUACAGACCACCGUCUCCACCAUUGCCAUGACGACCACCUCCGCCUCCCUGGCACCCCCUAGUGAGAGUCGCCACGGACAUCAUCAGGUUGCCUUGGCGACAGAGAUCCCUGACUACAACCAGAUGACCUUGCCACUGGGAGGGGGUCACACGGCUACAGCAAGCCAAAUGAGGCAUUUCUGCCGCAGCUACGAGUUCCAGCUUCCCUCACAGCCCUCCUCCCUGUCGCCUCCCCUUCCACCUCCCUCCACCGUGCAGUUCUCCACUCUGGGCCCUGGGGGGCGUCACGUCUAUUGCAACAUCCCUAUGACACUGCUGAAUGGACAGGGGUUCAGAGCAGUUGACUGGGGAAGAAGAGGUGCCUCAGAGCAGUACACUUGGGAAGAAGCCAGAGCUCCACCUGAACAGCACCUUCGUACCCCUCACCAGCAGAGAACUAAGCUCUGACAUCUGGUAAAAGGACUGCUCAACUGGUGCUGGAUUACAGACCAUUUUACAGACUGCUUUUCACUGGCUUUGGACAUGAGGUAGACUGGUUGGUCGACUGGUUUUCAUUGAGUUUUUGGGCUGUGUACAGACUUGGUGUCAGACUGGUUUUCCGGAAAGACUGAUUUUGGGCCACUUCAUCUUGCGCUGUGAACAAAAGACAUCUUAAAGACUGCAUAAGGCCCAACGGUGGUUGGGUUUACUGGCUGAAGACUGCUUACAGACAAACAGAUUCAGAUUAUAAAACUGAUUGUACACUGGUUUUGCACCUACCAACUGAGUACAGACUAAUACAAACUGGUAUGUAAGAUGUGUAGCCAUGACUACUGGAAAGGAUUCAUACAACAUGCGUCCUGGUUAUACUGUUAGAUGAGUCACUGACUUGACUGGUGCAGAGAGUCUGUAGACAGGUAUGGUCAUGUUGAUGUAAUGAACUGGAAGAGUCAAUGAAAAGGUCCACGAUACCGGACACAGGCUACAAAGCAGAACCUUGGAGCACAAAAAAUUGCAAUUUCCUCGCACACCAGCUGAAUACCUGAAAAACCAGUUGAUUUGUCAGCUGCUUAACUACUCGGAAAUAUUGGUCUACUGUAAAACAGAAGUAGCAUAUUGUUGGAAAGCCAGAUGAUCAUCUGCUUCAAGCUGAGUUCUCAGAAUAUCGAUCUACCUGUCGACUAGGUGGCUUGUCGUUAAACGAGGCAGACUUCAAGCAAUGAUUUCGGAAUACCAGCCCACCUUAAAACAACAAGCCAACCUCUUGAAAUACCACUCUACUGCUAGCUACCUGAUUUGUCCAUCAGAAGCUGAAAUGGUUGACUUAAAAAAUGGAUUCCAGCAAGAAUAUCAAGAUGCGAAGUGAUACGCAAAGCAACAGCUAGAACUGCUAACUUUAAUAACUAAGAAAGCACAGUUAGCUGGUGUAAAUGGAAACAUAAACUAGUUGACCAAAAGGCUAGUUAUGUCUUGAACUAGGUAGGAGAAUGGAAAAUGGAGCCGGAAACUGGAAACCAGCCAGCUCAUCACCUUGUAACCCAGUAAACAGUGUCCGGCUGGUACGACUCAACUCGUCAAGAGGUGAACUAUCCAGCCUUUACCACCAAGCUAAAGGCUCAAAGGACUUGGCUUUUUCUAUUUGCAUGACCACCCAUUUAGAUAAAAAAUAAUCAAAGAAACAUAGAUAAAAGAGUAAAUGACACAAUCAUUUGUUGCAGCCUCUGUUAAUAUGGAGGAGAAUAAACGUCUUAUGUUGAUACAGUAUAUUUGUUUUCUGUCAGGCCAUGAAGUAAUGAUAAAAACUGAUAAAGGGAAAAAAGGAGGUGUC